AUGAUGGAAGAGAGUGGAAUAGAGACAACACCGCCUGGAACUCCUCCACCGAAUUCUGCGGCAGGACUGGCUGCCACGGCUGCUGCUGCUGCCACGGCUGCCGCCGCCGCCGCGAUGUGUUCCUCCCCCGUUCCGUUAGCUGCAACCAGUUCUUUUUCUUCUCCAAAUGUAUCUUCUGUUCAGUCCCUGCCACCACACUUAUCCUCUACCCCUCAGCCGUCCCUUCCUCCUGUGAGGCCUUCCGCAUCACUGCCUUUCGUGCCUCCUUCACCAGUUCCGUCUGCUCCACCGCUUGUUACCGCUGUACCACCUCCUGUGUCUCCACCGACCGCUGCCGCCUUCAGUAACCCUCCUCUACCCCACUUCCCAACUUCACCUUCCGCCCCGAGUACUCUCCCAUCUGCGCCCCCUUCCAGUCCUCCCACGUCAGGGUUUUCUGUUGGAUCGGCGUAUGACAUCACAAGGGGACAUGCAGGAAGAGCUCCCCAGACACCCCUGAUGCCGUCAUUUUCUGCACCUCCAGUAACGGGUAUUUUGCCAGCCCCCAUUACUCAGCAAGCCAGUUUGACAUCUCUGGCUCCGGGAACUGAAACCACGUCAGCUAUUACUUUCCCAGAGGAACAAGAAGAUCCAAGAAUUGUUAGAGAUCAGGAUGAAGCAUCUGGUAGUGGAAUCUGGGGUUUUAUCAAGGGCGUAGCUGGGAAUCCUAUGGUGAAAACUGUGCUUGAUAAAACAAAACAUUCUGUAGAAAGCAUGAUUACAACGCUGGACCCCGGCAUGGCUCCAUAUAUCAAAUCCGGAGGUGAACUGGACAUUGUAGUGACCUCGAAUAAAGAAGUGAAAGUGGCUGCUGUCCGAGAUGCCUUCCAGGAGGUCUUCGGCUUGGCUGUGGUUAUGGGGGAAGCUGUUCAGUCCAAUAUUGCCCCACAGCCAGUGGGCUAUGCAGCUGGAUUAAAAGGUGCCCAGGAACGGAUAGAUACCUUACGUCGAACUGGAGUGAUCCAUGAGAAGCAGAUUGCUGUGUCAGUAGAAAACUUUAUUGCAGAAUUGCUUCCUGACAAAUGGUUUGAUAUUGGCUGUUUGAUAGUUGAAGAUCCUGUCCAUGGCAUUCACCUAGAAACAUUUACACAAGCCACACCAGUGCCUCUGGAAUUUGUACAACAGGCUCAAAGUCUAACUCCCCAGGACUACAAUCUGAGGUGGUCAGGCCUUUUGGUGACAGUUGGUGAAGUCCUGGAAAAGAGUUCAGUAAAUGUCAGCCGGACUGACUGGCACCUGGCUUUCACUGGCAUGUCACGGCGACAGAUGAUCUACAGCGCAGCCAAAGCUAUGGCGGGCAUGUAUAAACAGCGCCUGCCCCCCAGGACCGUGUGA